GACAGCUCACACUUCACUGAGCAGAGGAAUCGAACCUGGAGCCGCAGCUUCUCUUCUCUUUGCUCCGGAGCUCAGAUCAAACCUGCCCGAGCUUCAGUCUUCACUUCCCCGCUUGAUAAACUCCUCGCACCCGAGGACCCGACUCACACCGACCUUCUGCAAACUGGAUUCCCGGAGCUCGUCGCCAUGCAUGCCCGGGUUUAGAUUCUCCAUGGAGCUCUCUAACCUGUACGAGGUCGCGCCCCGACCCCAGAUGAGCAGCCUGCCCCACGGCCAGCAGCCCCCCUCCGGCUACAGAGACCCGGCAGACCUCGGCGGUGAGAUCGGGGACAGCGAGACCUCCAUCGACCUGAGCGCGUACAUCGACCCGUCGGCUUUCAACGACGACUUCUUGGCCGACCUGUUCCACCACGGCUCCCGGCAGGAGAAGCUGAAGAUGAUGAGCGGAGAGUACGAGUCGGCUCCGUGCGGCCCGGGGCCCCAGCAGCUCUACAUGUCCAACUACAUGGAGUCCAAGCUGGAGCCGCUGUACGAGCACAACCCGCCGCGCAUCCGACCAGUGGCCAUCAAGCAGGAGCCCCGGGACGACGAGGACCUGAACCCGGGCAUGCCCCCCACCUACCACCACCCGCACCCGCAUUCCCAGCAGUACUCCCAGCAUGCCCAGCAGCAGCAGCCGCCGCACCUCCAGUACCAGAUUGCGCACUGCGCGCAAACUACCAUGCACCUCCAGCCGGGACACCCAACUCCUCCGCCGACCCCGGUGCCGAGCCCGCACCACCACCCGCACCAGCACCAGCACCAGCACCACCAGGGCGGCCUGAAGCUGCUGGAGCAGCGGGGAGGAGGAGGAGGGAAGUCCAAGAAGAACGUCGACAAGAGCAGCCCGGAGUACCGGAUGAGGCGGGAGCGCAACAACGUGGCCGUGCGUAAAAGCAGGGACAAGGCGAAGAUCCGCAACAUCGAGACGCAGCACAAGGUGGUGGAGCUCAGCACCGACAACGACAGACUGAGGCGGAGGGUGGAGCACCUGACCCGGGAGCUGGACACGUUACGGGGCAUCUUCAGACAACUGCCGGACGGAUCCUUCAAGCCCAUGGGCAGCUGAGAGACUACUGACCCGGUCUAGAACCAGACUGGACCCGGACUGGAGGUGGACUGGUUGGACUGGUUUACUGCUGGAUUUACUCACAGAGGGUUCUGCAGGCCUCAUGCAGGACGGACUGAGCUGAGCAGACGGAGGCAGCUGAGGUGAUCACUGAUCAAACUUCUGUCCUGAACAAUCAUUUGGUUUUUUACUGAUAUAAACAAAACAUUUUCAGAUCUUUAAAAAACAAGAACAAAAAGCAGAUUCUCUUGUUUCACCUGAUCUAAACUGAUUAUUUAUUUGGCUGCAGGUGAAAUGAUCUGAUUGGCUGAAUAUUUCCCACCUGCUCUCUCAGUAAAAGACUGAAUGACUUGUCCGGACUGAAUCUUGCGCAGUGUUCACGUGCCUUUUUUAAACUUUUGUGCAAAAGCCAAUAAGCUUGUUUCCCUGCAGAUCCACACAACAGAGGACUGGUUGAUUUUGUGCCUUAUUUCCGUACAGACUGUGUGACACCACACACACAACCCACAUAUCAGAGCAGCUAAGGUAGGGCAUCAGCCUGUUGUGCAUGGUUUCUUUAAUUAUUUUGAUGUUUUAUACAAGUUACCAUCUCCAUAUCUUCUCCUGAUAAACUAGGAUUUGUCUUUUAUAGAGUUAUAAAAUGCAAAGUGCACAUGCUUUUAUAUACCAGGCUGAAGUGUAUGUAUGUUAAUGUUCCUCUCUGGUACGAGACCUGUCUGCUGGUGUGGAGCUGAUAUGGACAAUAUCAAAUGAGAGGACGUCACGUGACACAAAGUUUUACUCAUGUUCAUAAAGUUAUUCCUGUAAUCUUCACAGCUGUCGAGUGUUGUAGCUGCAGAGUUUGUAUUUGUUGAGACUGUGAAGCACGAUCAUGUCUCCACACCCAACCUGUCAAAACCUUGUAUGUCCACGUCAGGCUGCUGGUUUGUAUCAUGCUUUCAAACCAGUUGGAGUAGAAGCAUUUUGGACCUUUGACCUUUGCACUAUGACACAAAGAAAUGCUCCAUGUUCCCCCUCGAAAACAAGGCAGGUCUCCUCUGUUAGUUCCCUGAGCGCUGUGGAUUGUGGAGAUACAAGGUUUUCAUCUGUAUGAAAGAUCAUAACUGAGUGUGGUGCGUUAACGCCAAAGUGUAAAAUACACACACACACACACACACACACACACACAUUAAACAAGACUGGAAUUGAACCUGUGGUACCUGCCUCGGCGUCGUCGUCCAUUGGAAACAACGUGUCCCUGAACACGUCUGGACCAUGUUCCACGUUCUCUGCGAGGAACGUGGAGAUGAGUGGUUUCCAGAGGACGGAGACGGGGACAGCAGCUCUGUCUUAUGCACUAUUUGUCAAAUGAAGCACAGUGUUGUCUCUGACACAUGCAUGGGUACUGAUCUGAUAGAAAAGAGAAACACGCCUCGCUCUACAUACGUGUAUUUAUGUGUCAACCAUUUUGAGAAAAAACAAACAAAAACAAAAAUGUGAAAAGGGUUUCUAUGCAACGUGUCUCUUCCUCUUUUCACUGUUGUGUCAUUACACACACACACAGACACACACACACACACAGAGUGCCUUCUGAUCCUCUGAGAUGACCUUUGACCUCUUGCUGAUCUGCUCGUUUGUUGAAAGAUUUUUGAAAUCGAUUUGUCGGCGAGGAAAAGGAAGCACUUUUGUUUGUUUUUUUACAAACUGAUGUUUGUCAAAGUCUCAAUUGUAAAAUAAGCCUCUACAUAUAUAAAUAUAUAUAAAUAUAUUAAUAAAUCUGAAUUAUUAUAAAAAUAAAGAAGUUUGUUUUAUCUCA